UUCUUGCUUCUUGCGAAGGAAGGAACAUCGUAUCGUUAGCGAAACAACAUGUCUGGACGCGGAAAGGGUGGCAAAGUUAAGGGAAAGGCGAAAUCGCGCUCUAACAGAGCGGGAUUGCAGUUUCCCGUGGGCCGUAUUCAUCGUCUGCUGAGGAAGGGAAAUUACGCUGAACGUGUUGGUGCCGGUGCUCCAGUUUACUUGGCAGCGGUUAUGGAAUACCUCGCCGCUGAAGUAUUGGAGUUGGCUGGCAAUGCCGCUCGUGACAACAAGAAGACUAGGAUUAUUCCUCGUCAUUUACAGCUUGCCAUCCGUAAUGACGAAGAAUUGAACAAAUUGCUAUCUGGUGUGACCAUUGCUCAAGGUGGUGUCCUGCCGAAUAUUCAAGCCGUACUGUUGCCGAAGAAGACCGAAAAGAAAGCAUAAUCAUAAUCUGACAUCCCAAACAAAUGGCCCUUUUCAGGGCCACAA